AUGGUGCUACUAAGCCCUUCAAUCAGGGCUCUGCAAAGGCUUAUUUCGAUGUGUCAAGACUAUGCGGACACGCAUGGUCUCAAAUACAAUGUAAAAAAAAGCGAGCUAAUGGUUUUCAAGCCCAAAUCUAAGACCUACACAAAAUUGCCUGAGGUAUCUCUAUGUGGCACACCUCUGCUUAGAGUAAGCAAAUUUAAGUACCUAGGCCAUUGGGUCACUGAAGACCUUAGUGAUAACUGUGAUAUAGAGAGGGAACGCAGGUCGCUGGCCGUGCGGUGCAAUAUGCUUGUCCGCAGGUUUGCACGUUGCACACACGCAGUUAAAGUGACGCUUUUCAAAGCUUACUGCCAGUCUUUCUAUACGUGCAGCCUGUGGAGUAGCUAUACGCGGCGCGCGUACAGCGACCUGCGUGUGCAGUACAACAACGCUUUCAGGAUGCUGAUGGGGCUGCCUCGUCACUGUAGUGCAUCCGGCAUGUUUGCGGAGGCACAAGUUGACGGUUUUGCGGCUAUCAUGCGGAAGCGGGUUGCCUCUUUACUAAGCCGCUGGCGAGGCAGUACCAACAGCAUCAUGGUGGCGUUGUCGGAUAGGUGGGACUCCCCUCUGCUACAGCACUGGACAAAACUCCAUGUUGUAGAAAAAUAA